AUGCCAUCUCGCAAAACAUUGAAAUCGUGUCAAGAUCAACUUCAAAAGGUAAAAGAACUUGCUGAAGAAUUAUCGCACAAGCAAUACUCGCAAAAGGACGUCCAUAAGUUGCAGCAAAAGCUUCAUCAUAUUGAUGCUCAGUAUAAGGAAGGCAUCAUUGAUGAUCGUAAUGUCAAUGACCCUACAGAUGAUCCCUAUGAACAUGAGGGACAGGCUCAGUUGGCCGAGGAUUUAUCGGCCACUCACGACAUGCUGACAAAAAUGUUGGCAAACACAGAUUAA